UAAAAAUAAUGGACGUGAUCCAAAAGAUUGUGCGACCGUGACUUCGCAUGCGAAUUCGAUCAAUUCACAGCAUUCAGAUUUUAUGAUGGUGAUAAUGCAGCGUCGGAGAAUACACAAAUACGAAUGUUACUGAUGUUAGUAUCUUCUGGAAGAGAAGAACUUGUACGCGAGAUCGAAGUUAUUGAAGACCCAAUGCUUCUGCUGAAUCAUCCACCGAUUGCCUCGGAAAACCUUUCAACAGGUCGAAUUGAAAAAAUUUGUCUACUUCAUAAUAGAAAACAUUUUUCUCGCUUUGUUUCCACUAAGAAUUUUUAUUUUUGCCCGCACCGAGAUCUGUAAGAUCGAUCUAUCCUCUAGAUCUACACCUUUUGUUAUUUUUACUGAAUAGCAAGUUGCACCGAUUUUGUUCCUCUCUAACCAAACCCUUCAUCUUUCUGUAACCAAGACAAAAAAAAUGGGCAACGAACACAGCAGCAUUACCGUGUCUUCCCGCAAUCAGCAGCCGCGUGAAGUGCUGCUGAAAUGCCGCAUGGCCGACGAUGGGGAGUGGUACACCUGGGACGACUUUGUGCGCCACUACAGUCAUGAUGCCAAGGGCCGCUGGGACCAGGCUCCUCUGUUCAUGGAACGCCGCUGGUCCACGACCGACAGCAACUACCGUGACGCCCCAUGGUUCUUCGAGCGCUUCGGCAAGGGAGGAACAUGGGUAGAGAGUCAACCAACUACCAACUGGAUUUUUAGAAUCGGUUUAGUGGAUUGUUUGACGUUCUUUAUCUUUUCAUAAAGAAGAUUCUUGUUUCGUUAUGAAUCCACGAACAUUAGAACAGUACAACUGAGAAAGCACUUGUGCUUGUUCGAAAACAAAAUCUAUAUUCAAUCUAUAGGUGAACCACAACAAGCCCGGUUGGGACAGCGCCUCAUUGGAAAAACGCUUGGGCGAUGAUGGAAAGUGGUACACGCUGUCUGGAUUUCAGGAUUUCUAUCCGCACGACUGGGAAGACCGCUGGGUCGCCGCACCGCGCGAAGAUCAGAGAAAGUACCAAAAAAUGUUGGACUAUGAUAGCUUACAACGAACUACAGAUCUACAUGUAACAUGGUAACUAGGUAGCACCCGUGAGGAUUGCUGUUUCGGCAGAUUUGAGUCUACAACCUGUUCAUUGCAGAGUUCACUAAGAAGUCCUGUUCAAUGGGAGUUCUACUCUGUGUGCUGCAAUGGCAAACAAGUUGAUGCAUGCAAGUGAAGCACACAAUGGGCUGUGAAAAUUGUGCGCCAAAUGUACUCGUCUUGGAUGAGCAUUUUUCUGAGCCAUUUGCAAUGUCCACUUUGUUUAAGGAGAGCACGCAACGAUAUUCAGGUUCGGCGAUGAUGGUUUGCCGCACGAUGCUUUGUGGUUCUACCGCAAGAACGAGUCUUCCGGUGGCCGUGACUGGUCGAAGAACAGCAAGACUCUCUGGGAUACUGCCACCACGGCUCCCCGCGCUGGCUCUUCCGUGUUUUCCGCGGCUGUGGCUACUGUCGCUCAGGCGCUGUCGCCGAAGCGUUUGGCCGAUGACGGAAAGUACUACACGGAGGAGGAGUUUCGCAAGUUUUACCCGAGCGACUUCACUUUGCGCUGGAGCAUUGCGCCGAAGCAGGAAGAUCGUCGAUUCUGUACCCGCACCAACGGUAUGCACGAUCCGCUGCACUUCUUCGAACAAAACAAACGCGCAGGUGGCGAGGACUGGAACAAGAAUUCGAAGCCGGGAUGGGACGGCGCGCCGUCGCGUGCGCCGAUGUAUUCAACCGGUCCGGCCGCUCCGGUCACUGCAUACCACGCUGGAGGCGGCGGCGGGGUGGAACAAAAGCGUCUGGCGGACGAUGGCAAGUGGUACAUCUCGUUAAUAUGAUUUAGUUUUGUCGUAACUAACCACUAAUCCACCUGAGGAGUAAAUAGAUUCUCUUCAACACAACCAGCAAGAAAUAGCAUGCGAAUUCUUGGAGUCAAAGAGGCAGAAACAUUUUCGGCACGACAGGUACCCGCGCAGUGAAUUUUUGUCCUUCUACGACAACCAGACCGAGCGCUGGGACAACGCACCCAAGUUCGGGGAAUACCGCUAUGGAUCCGACGGUGUUGCUCAUGACGCCGAGUGGUUCUACCGUGAGAACAAGAGAAAUGGCGGUGACGACUGGAACAAGUACCGCAAGGCCCUUUGGGAUGACGCUCCGAAAUGCGCUACGAUGCUUUCGCCGUCGAUGCCGUACACCACUACUACGGAGACGACUACCACCUACUACUACUAAGCGCCACUGAACAAGUGGAUAUGGAGAGGACAACCAAGGCUGCACAUCUAAAAUGGAGAAGGUAACAGUAAGUAGUCGUAGGAAACACGAGAAACAGCGAGGAGGAUAACCGGGGAGGAAACACGACGUCAAUUUUGAAGAACGAUGGCCACUCAAUGAAGUGCAAAAUGAUGAUGUUGUCGCCUCUAACCACUGGCGGUGAUAUUCAAAUAAGUGAUGUGUGAGGAAGUAACGAACUGUUAGUAUGAUUAUCCUCAAUACGCUUCAGAUAUAUUCACUGGUGAUGUAUUGUCGAUGAAAUGAGGCCGAAGACUGCGAGAAGAAAUUUCUUGAAGGAAGAAGAGUUGUUUGGAUUUGAAAGACGAGGAGAGGCACUAAUGAUGAUUGUGGUAUAUCAGUGGUGAUUUUCCUCGCUAUCGCACUGCUGACAUCAAACUCUUCUCUAGAAGUAGAGGGAUGGGUAAUGGAUGAACUUGAUUUCCCGUCAAUCAGUAUUUCAAAAUUUACAUGUAGCACUUCCUGGAGCGGUGUAUAAGCCCUUGUUUUUAUUGCUUUCCGUUCACGCGAGGCGGGGAGGAGAGCUACAAUUGUUUUUGUUGGUACAAACUAGUCCCCUGAAAGUCAGACUGGACAUCAAAGUGGCAUGUACUCGUCAAGUUGCCAUGAUCAUCAUGCAUUGUCUGCUCAGUCCCACUUGGUAGUGGGUAUUUUGCACCAAAGACGCAUUUGAUGUACCGAAUUUUCGAAGCAUAUGUUGUCAAAGACCUGUAGCCACGAAAAGGAAAAGCCAAAAACACAGGCGAAAUGCCACUCGUAACUUCAAGCAUGCGCCAGGCACGUAUGCUUGUUCCAGAAAUAUUGAUGCAUUUUCGCAAAAACGAUCCAAGACAGAGAUCGUUGAAUGAUUUAAUGCUGUUCUGUUGGUCGCCCGCUGAUGAAGCCUCAAAGAAAGAUCCUAGAGAAAAAAUUCAGCUUAUAGUUUCAGAACAAAAUAAGCCC